AUGGCUCCCCACAAAUUUGUCAUAAAGUGUGGGAAUUUUGCUGUGCUGGUGGAUCUCCACGUUCUGCCCCUGGGCGGCCAAGAGGACGCCAGCUGGUUUACUAUGGAACACGUUGAGGAGGUUACAGGCCUGGUGCAAGAUGCUGUGGACCAAAGGGUUAAGCAGUACACAGAGUCCCUCCACAAUAGAAGACAGCUCAAGCAAAAGAAGGAGCUGGCAUCUGCUUCAGCCUUUUUUGUGAAAGGGAAAAAGUUCAACCUGGUUGCCAAUUUUCUGAAGCGCCACUUCAACCUCCGAUGCAUUGUCAAGCAGCUCCAUGGGGAUUUGCGUGUGUUUCCUGAACGCUACGUUGUGUGUGUGAGCUAUCACGAGGAUGCCUCAGCACACCAUGGAAACCCGAGCCUGGCCGCAACCGAGCUGAGCGAACAAAGCAGAUCAGAAUAUUUUUCCAGAGUGGGAGAAACCCAAGAGCCUUUAAACAGCCCCACAAAAACAAAGAAGACGGUGCUUCAAAAGAUAGCCAAGCAAGCUGGUGUCCAGCAGCAGCUCUGUGCUUCCAGUAUGGGGGAGCAGCAAAUGGACCAGAGAGCCGGCCCAGAAGAACAAACAGGGGAACUAGGACCUGGAGAGUCAGAAUCAAGCCAAAGAGAGAUUGCACCCAGCUCUAGACAGAAGUUACUCUCGGAAGCAGACGACAAAGUGCCUGCCCCUGGUGCCUUAACCGAAGCCACGGCUCAGAUUGAGUCUACUCAAAAGCAGGGCCCGACCCUGGAACAGCAGACUGAGAAUAAUCCUCCAGACAGCAAAAACCCAACUGGAGCCUCUGUAGUUUUCUGGCAACAAGAAAUCAGUCAUGAGACCAACAAGAGCAAGAGAUGCAAGCCGAGCAACGCUGGGGAAGACCCUCACCCACGGAGGGCCAAGAGGACGUGCCUUGGAAGACCUCCAGCCCCAACGCAAACUCACUCCACCAAGUGCUCUACACAAACAUCCAAGCAUGACCUUCUUCCUCCGCCGCCCCUUCCUCCAGUCGAAGCCAAGUCAGAGUCCAAGGCUUUCCCAGUCUCCGAGUGCACCAAAACCACACUGGAAGUAGAGCUGCUUACGCCAGGGAAACGCGCCCAGAGGCUCCCCCUCACAAGCAAUAACACGGCACAGACAAACCAAAACAGGCUGGCCACAAGUCUGAGGGGCCUAUCUGUCAAGCCUGCAUCCUCGGGCUCCUCUAUUAGUUCCAGAUCCGCACUCGGAGAGGAGGGGAAUGAAAAUGUGCCCAGAACCUCGAGAUUACGACGAAUGAAGAGGUCCUGA